AUGCGGCUUUUCCUUACGGCGAUUUUGCCUACAGCCGUCACUGCAAAGUUGCAGUGUCACUGCCAGCCUUCUGAUCCAUGCUGGCCGUCUCUUGCGGCCUGGAAUCGGUUGAAUACUUCGGUUGAUGGAAACCUGCAAAAAUUGAGGCCAAUUGCAGCCAUCUGUCACGACCCGGACUACAAUGAAAGUGCCUGCCGUUAUUUGCAGUCUCAGAGCAGUAAUUCGUCGUACCUGUCAAACCAGCCAAGUGCGCUGCAGUGGGAGAAUUGGUCAGCAUGGCCUACUCACGAUGAAGAAUGCUACCUGGAGACACCCAGACAAACACCCUGUAGCCAAGGGCGCAUCUCUCCCUACGCUGUGAUCGCGCAGUCAGCUGCUCACGUCCAGGCUGCUGUGCGAUUUGCCGCGCAGCAUAACAUCAAAAUUACAAUUCGCAACACUGGACACAGUUUCAUGGGGCGAUCAAGUGCGCCAAACUCACUACAGAUCAACGUCCAUAACCUCGACAACAUUCAGAUUCAGGACUCCUUCGUGCCUCAGGUGCCUGAAGACAUUGAUCCUCCGUCAGGGAUUCCCGCAGCUACAGUUGCCGCCGGGGUUCAAAUGCAUAGUGCUUAUACGGCUUUGAACGCUAAGGGAGUAACUAUCCCAGGAGGAUCAUCCAGCACAGUUGGCGUGGUUGGAGGGUUUCUUCAAGGAGGUGGACAUGGAAUUCUGGGAUACAAGGCCGGGAUGGCCUCUGAUAAUGCUAUAGAGUUCACGGUCGUGACAGCAAAUGGCUCCAUCAUCACUGCCAAUGCACAUCAACAUCAAGAUCUGUUCUGGGCUCUCCGCGGAGGAGGAGGGGGUACUUGGGGUGUCAUUCUCAAUGCCACUAUUCGCACAUAUCCAGAUUAUCCAGUCACCGUGGCGGUCAUAGAAUACAACACGACAUCCCCAGAUCCUCGGUUUUGGGCUGGCGUGGAAGCCUGUCACCGGCAUGUUGUGGGAAUCAAUGAGCAAGGCGCGACUGGGUACUAUUAUAUUACCCCGUAUGCUAGUGUAUCAUCGUCCGCUAGCAACAGUACCAUUGCUUCGUUCCGAUUGUACCUUUACUUUGUCGGCCAGAAAGACGCACAAGUUGUUCAACGCACUAUCAGCGAUAUGCUGGGCGAUAUCCGGAAUGCCACGGCUGUUCCACUUGCUGUGAAGGUGAUCCCUGUACCUAGCAUUACCGGGCUUCUUUUAUACACGUUCUCAGGCGCGGACAGUGAUGGCGCUUUGGUCCUCCUUGGAUCCCGACUGUUGUCUCGCUCAUUCUUUGCCCAGCCACAUCCUGCGGCAGCCAGACUCUCCCAUACCUUGUCGCAGCUGCGGCUCGAACAGGAUGAGUACAUUAUGGGCAACAUAGUGGCAGGAGGCCAAGCGACCAAAAACAGAAACCGCACCAGCAGUGCCCUGAACCCUGCCUGGCGCGAUACAGCUAUACACUUGCUUUUCACCCGCUUAUUGUCAGCCAGCGACAGUCUCGCUAACCAGCAAACCGUUUCCCGCAAACUAACUUUGGAGGACAUGCCGCUGCUAGAAUCGCUUGAGCCCGGGCCAAUGGCGGCAUAUUGCAAUGAGGCAAAUGCCUAUCAACCAGGGUUCCAGAGCGCGUUUUGGGGCAAGAACUAUAAGAGGCUACUGGAAAUCAAACAGCUAGUAGACCCGGAUAAUCUGUUUGUGUCGAGGCUGGGAGUUGGCAGUGAGAUGUGGGAUGAGAACGGAAUCUGUCCGAUAUAG